AUGUCACCAUCUCCUCGACCUGAGGCUCAACCCGGAACAGACGCCGACAAUUGGGACAAAGCCCUUGAACAAGGCGGCUGCACCAAGGAGAACCAGACUUUGCUAGACUGCAAGAUGAAGCAUGGAGAUUGGAGACAGUGCACAAAAGAAAUGAUGGCAUUCAAGCGAUGUUGGGAUGAGCGUAAGGAACGGACACAAUGA